UGUGCGCACUCUACCGUCGAUUCCAGCGGUGCACGUUCUUUUCGUUCUUGGCUCGUGGCAGUGCAUAGUACUUGUCACGAUGAAGCUGAACGUAUCAUAUCCCGCUACGGGAUGUCAGAAACUCUUUGAGAUUUCAGAUGAACAUAAGCUAAGAAUUUUUUAUGAAAAGCGUAUGGGUGCUGAAGUGGAAGCUGAUGCACUAGGUAAUGAAUGGAAGGGAUAUGUUGUCCGUGUCUCUGGUGGAAAUGACAAACAAGGGUUUCCAAUGAAACAGGGUGUCCUGACAAAUGGACGUGUACGCUUACUACUCUCAAAGGGACACUCUUGCUACAGACCUAGACGCGAUGGUGAACGUAAACGUAAAUCUGUUCGCGGAUGUAUCGUUGACUCAAAUCUCUCUGUACUUGCCCUUGUUAUUGUUAAGAAAGGAGAGAAGGAAAUUCCGGGAUUAACCGACACAAACGUACCACGACGUUUGGGACCUAAAAGAGCAAGCAGAAUUCGUAAGCUCUUCAAUUUAACUAAAGAAGAUGAUGUGCGUCAGUUCGUUGUAAAACGACCAGUUCAAAAGGAGGGCAAGAAAGAACGUUUUAAGGCACCGAAAAUUCAGCGUCUUAUUACGCCGCUUACUCUGCAGAGGAAACGACAUAGGGUGGCUUUGAAGAGAAGGCGCAGUCUAGCCCGUAAACAACAGGCAGCAGAUUAUGCAAAAUUAUUAGCACAAAGGCAAAAGGAGGCAAAGAACAGGCGCCAGGAAGAAUUGAAACGAAGGCGCAGUGCUUCUAUGCGAGAUUCAAAAUCAUCCAAUCAGUCAGCACCUACAACACAAAAGUAAAUUGACUGUAGUGAUGAGUUUACCUUAAUAAAAAAAUCAACUUCA